GCUAUGAACAAACUGCGUCAACCAUGAACGAUAAAAGUAGCCUACAGUUAAACAAAUGAUAGUGUCGCAACACGAGGAAACCAGAGUUUCCCCAUGUUUUGUUACGAGUUGGAGGGCCAUUCAAAUAGAUUUUCUUUGCAUUCGGAAGCUCGUAUUUCCGACAUAUCAUGAACGCGGUUUCAUCGUAAUAACGACUCCUCUUCGGCUUGCCUUUAUCAGACCAUCGACGUCACCGUCGCGUCAAACACCGGUAGAUGCGAAUUGCAAACGUACAACCAGAAUCUCAAACCCAUCGGUCGCAGGUAGAGAAAAAGGAAACCCACUUCAACCUAGACGUUCCUAUUAUGGCUUCCCGGUCUUGGUUUAUCGCUGGUAGCGCUCUCCUCCUCUCUUUUCGGCUGGCAUUCGGGUCGAAGGGACCACAUCCAUGCACAGAGACAGACUACUACUAUGAAUAUACAGAGUGUGACAGUACAGGGUCGCGAUGGCGAGUAGCAAUCCCUCAGAGCCAUGGAUCCUGCAUCGGACUGCCCGAGCCUGUACGAGGGACAGAGUGCACAUUUUCCUGUGAGGUGGGGGAGUUUCUGGAGAUGUCUGCCCAGGAGUGUACUCAGUGUGCAGCAGGUACCUACUCUCUGGGCAGCGGUAUUCGAUUUGAUGACUGGGAAACCAUCCCCAGCGGGUUCAGCUCCCUAGCAACUUACCUCGACAAUGGUCCCCAUGGAGACGACAGCACUACCUGCAACAGUUCGACGUGGUUUCCGCAGGGUAGUUACCUGGAGUCUAACAGAGAUGAGUGUACUGUCUCUCUGAUCUAUGCUGUCCAUCUGAAGAAACCGGGAUCAGUCUCCUUUGACUACCAGUACCCAGACGGCAACCUCUUCUUCGAGUUCUUUAUCCAGAAUGACCAGUGUCAGGAGAUGGACCAGACUGCUGAUAAGAAGUGGCUCAAGCUUACCAGUCACGGGGAGUGGGCCACACACACUGUGAAUCUGAAGUCGGGCACUAACAUCUUGUACUGGAGGACAGCAGGGAUCCUGAUUGGAGCUAAAGUAGUCAAACCUGUUCUGCUGAAGAACGUCCACAUAGAGGGAGUGGCGUAUGCGUCAGAGUGUUUCCCGUGUAAACCAGGGACGUUCAGUCAAACCCCAGGCUCCUCCUCAUGUCAGCCCUGUCCCAGAGACACCCACUCUGGCCACGGAGCCAGCUCCUGUACCCACUGCAACACCACCACACUCUAUGCAUCGGAGGGGUCAGCUGAGUGCAAAGCAAGACCACCAUGUUCCAAGAAGGAUUACUUUCAGAUCCACACCCCCUGUGAUCUUGAGGGCAAGACGCAGGUGACCUACAGGUGGGUGGAGCCUCAGAUCUGUCUGGUGGAUGUGGUUGGGGCUGAAACACUGCCCCCCUCUGGUGACCGUGAGCCCUGCCCCCCGUGCAACCCCGGUUUCUAUAACAACGACACUGCUACCUGCUCUCCCUGCCCCCCCGGGACAUUCUCUGAUGGGGUCAAAGCGUGUGAGUCGUGUCCUGCGGGUACUGAACCUGCUGUAGGUUAUCAGUUUAAGUGGUGGAACGUCCUUCCAGCCAGCAUGAAGACAUCCUGCUUCAAUGUGGGAAACUCCAAGUGUGACGGCAUGAAUGGUUGGGAGGUGGCGGGGGAUCAUAUCCGUAGUGGAGCAGGGGGCUCUGAUAACGACUACCUCAUCCUCAACCUCCAUGUACCUGGCUUUAAGCCUCCUACAUCAGCAACAGGUGGUGCGGGGACAGAGUUUGGCCGUAUCAGCUUUGAGUUUGAGAUGGUGUGUUCAGCUGACUGUGAGCUGUACUUUAUGAUGGAUGUAAACAGGAAGAGUACGAGGGUGGUGGCGUCAUGGGAGGGCAGUAAGGUCAGACAGUCCUACACACACAUUAUGACCAAGAACGCCUCUGUGUCAUAUACCUGGGCCUUCCAGAGGACCAACCAGGCCUCUGACGUGCGUCAGAAUGUGAACAACGUGGUGCGUAUCUACUCCAUCUCGGUGAGUAACGCUGUAGACGGUGUGUCGUCGGAGUGUCAGACCUGUGCCCUCCUCUCCCAGCCCUCCGGCUCGCUGUGUGUGCCCUGCCCUCCAGGACAUUACAUACACACCAGCCAGUGCACCGAGUGCCCCCCCAACACACACCUCACCUCACACAGCACCCUGGGCCCAGAGGCCUGCAAACCCUGUGGACCAUCCAGCAAGAGCAACAAGGAGCGCAGCAGGUGCUACAGUGACUGUGUGUUCUCCUACUCUGAGAACAACGUGUCUCUGAGUUAUGACUACAGUUCCCUGGGCUCUGUUGGAACACUGAUGAACGGACCCAGUUUUACCACCAAAGGAACCAAAUACUACCACCUUUUCAACAUCAGCCUCUGUGGAGAAGAGGGUAGAAGGGCUGUGUGUACAGACAACGUGACUGACCUUUCCAGCGCCGAUUCUCAGAAAGAGGCAGGGGAACCAGCCAAUGCGGUGGAGACUUUAAUCUGUCAAUCAACCAUUAUCCCCUCCAGUGGGCGGGGCUUCCACACAGCACUAUCCUCUCAGUCCAUCAGCCUAGCAGACACCUUCCUGGGAGCGACAGUGGCCUUGACUCUGGAUGGAGUCAAGGCAAGACCAGACCUGUUCCCACAGACCACCAACAAAGUCCCUGACGUCAACUUCUUCUACCGUUCUCUGGAGGUGACCUCGUCAUGUGAUAAAGGUCGUAACGUGGUGGUGACGCUUCGCUGUAACCCGGAUAGAAGCACACAAGGAGAACUCACAGUACCCAGUCAGUGUCCGGCGGGGACGUGUGAUGGCUGUACCUUUCACUUCCUGUGGGAGAGCUCGGGGGCGUGUCCUCAGUGCACAUCCACAAACUACCACCAGAUAGAGGGAGCCUGCAAGGGAGGACUACAGGACACUCUGUAUGUGUGGACUGAGCCAAAGCGGUGUGUAGGAGGGGUGUCCCUCCCGGAGAAGAAGACCUGGCCGUGUGAGAGCAUGGACUUCUUGGUAAAGAUGGGGGCGACGAUAGGCGCCUUCACCGCCGCACUGCUCUUCUCCAUCACCUGCUAUUUCUGGAAGAAGAACAAGAGGCUGGAGUUUAAGUACUCGAAGCUGGUAAUGUCGUCCAAUAAGGAGUGUGAACUGCCGGGGGCAGACAGCUGUGCCGUGAUGGAGGGAGAGGAGAACGAGGGAGAGAUGGAGGAUGAGGUGAUCUACUCCAAAAAAACAUCCCUGAUACGCAAACUCAAAGCCAUGGCAUCUAGGGGAAACGGGAGAAGCUAUGAAAAUGUCCAGUUGAACUCCUCACAGUCAAACGGGUUGGUGUGGGGGUGAAGAAAGAGGAGAGAGACCCCCCCCCCCCCCCCCAGAGAGACUUCUUCAACAUAUCUCCAUGUUGAGGGUUUGAACCCUUAACACACACACUCAGAACAUAUAGACACAUGCAGAGUACACACACCCAGAAUGCAUGCUCACCGACACAAACACAUGUGAGAGGACAUUACACCCAUCUGGCCUUAUCCCUGGAAUGGUGUGUGUGUAUGGGUGGAUUGCUGGAAUAUGUGCGGUGUGAUUUAAAAGUGCGUGUAUGGUUGGGUAUACGGGUGGUGUGUCGGGUCUGCUUAGGUAAAGAAGAGGACCUAUAUGUGGGAUGUUUUUAGUGCUGUUUUCCAUCACCCUGUUGUCAGGUUGCUUUGGCGGCCAUGUUGUUUUCCCUCAGGUGUUUUGUCCUCUGAGACCAACCUCACAUCAACCCUUAGGCUCCUUCUCAAUAAGAGGAAAGAAACGGUGUUCCAUAGUGCCCUCUGAAAGGCUGGGUGGGAUUUUUGGAUGUUGGCACCUGUCCAAUCCUUUGAGAUCUACAGAAGUCCACACAUAGCCCUAAAUACCCGGCACACACACACACCCUAUUACAGUCUCAUCUUAGUCUGACCUGCACCACCCUUUACCCAUUUGUUCUGUCUGUAGGCUUUGGGUUACCAUGGUGAUGGUGGAAUGUCCUUCACUCUCUUAGUCCAAUCAGGAGUGGCGAUGUUACAUUAUCCAUAUGAUGAUACGAUAUGAUGCUGACUGCCUUUCUGUUAUUUAAAGUGAAAUAAACUAUAUUGUAUUUGUGUACACUUUCAA